AUGAGGUCCCUUAGGUUAGAAGAUGUCAUUAAUGAAAUAGGGGAGGACAAUGUCGACUUCGACGUUGAAGCGUGUGAAAUAAUGCCAACUGAUGAUGUAUGUGAUGAUAGCAAUGUGGAAGAUGUUGAGCCUCCAGAUCUUACUAAUCCCAGUGAAAAUGCUGACACAUCCAGCAGAAAGCAUGAUCCCCAUGCCAGUGGCGAAUCUACUGUUGGAGUAGCUACCACACCCAGUGGCACGAGUAAUUCAUUUAAUCCGGAUGCUAUUAACAAAACAGGAAUAGCAAACCCAACACCACAGCUAGCCACCACACCCAGUGGCCCGAAUAAUUCAUAUGAUCCGGAUGCUAUUAGCAAAACAGCAAUAUUAGCAAAUCCAGCACCAUCCAAUGAUGUUCUGUUAAGCUGGUUGAGGGACCAUGACUUAAAUUGGUUUGCCUUUUUUGAGGAGGUCAGUCAAUACUUGCGGAACUAUACUUCUGAAGUGCUCAAUCAGGUGAUUCUUGACUUCACAGACCACUUGCCUUCAAGUGAUCUUACAAUCGAUGAAGAAAUGCAUGUUGAGGUGUCACGUCAAGCUUUCUUGGAGGUGCAAAGGAGGCGUUCCCUAGAUGGCCCAGAAAUUGAAGCAGAUUCUGACAAUGAUGAAGAUCAACACUGGGAAGGAGUGGAAAUUACGGAUGUGCUUGGGGAGGAAAAGCUAAGGAAAAUACAAUCUGAAAGGUUGCGCAUUAAGCGGCGAGCAGAGAGAAAAAUGGCCGAAGAAAUAGCCAAAACAUGCAUUUUUAAACGUAGAAUCCCUUCAUCAGCAAGUCGGUUACAGAAAAAGUUUCCCACGAUUGGAAAGGACAUGGAGGAAUUUGUAGGAAGCAAAAAAGUUGGAGCAGAUGCAUGA